AUGUUGUGUGUAAGCACUGUCAGAUGAGGAUGCUGCAGCUGCUGUUCAGAAAGAAGGGGCACCCAACAUAUCCAAGGCCUUCAGCACAUGGAAGCAGCGUCUACAGUAGAGCUGUUGGAUGUAACCACAGCACCCCUUCUUCUACCGUCACUGCAGCCCCUGCAGCUCCACAGCCUCCAGAGUUGGAGGUGCAGGAUGCAGAGUCCUUGGAGUUACCUUGAUCCUUUCCAGGAGCAGGAUGUUGUGGAGAGCUUCAAAUAGCAGAGACAAGGCAUCCUGUUUGGAGCUUCCACAUCCUAUGUACAUCUAGAAAAGCUGUGUGAAGGAUCCUGUGCAACUGUGUAUAAGGGGAUCAGCAGGAUCAACGGCCAGUUGGUGGUGUUGAAAGUGAUCAGGCUGGAGGCAGAGGAGGGGGUGCCCUUUACAGCCAUUCGGGAAGCUUCUCUUCUCAAGGGUUUGAAACAUGCCAACAUUGUACUGCUUCAUGACAUUAUCCAGACCAAGGAGACACUGACAUUUGUCUUUGAGUACAUGCAUACAGAUCUAGCACAGUACAUAGGCCAGCAUCCUGGAGGACUUCAUUUGUGCAAUGUUAUGCUCUUCAUGUUCCAGCUUUUGUGCGGCCUGGCUUACAUCCACCAACAACACAUUCUUCACCAUGAUCUGAAACCCCAGAACUUGCUCAUCAGUUGCCUUGGUGAGCUCAAAUUAGCCGACUUUGGCCUUGCUUGUGCCAAGUCCAUCCCCAGACAGACAUACUCCUCUGAAGUGGUGACACUCUGGUACCAUCCUCCUGAUGUGUUGCUUGGAGUUACAGAUUAUUCUCCCGAUCCAGAUAUCUGGAGUGCAGGCUGUGUAUUUGUUGAAAUGAUCCAGGGCCAGCCAAUAUUUGCAGGAACUUCUGGUACUCAUGAACAGCUGUCGAAGAUCUGGGCAGUAUUGGGGGUCCCAACUGAGGACACCUGGCCAGGACUGUCCAAGCUCCCAAACUGUAAGCCAGAACUGGUUGCUUCCAGGAGGCCUCAGAGACUCCGAGUCGUCUGUGACAGGCUGAGCAGGGUGCCAGCAGCAGAGGAUUUGGCCUCCAGGAUGCCUACAGCCUUCCCUCAAGACCGGAUCUCUGCGCAAGAUGCAAUUCUUCAUGGCUUCUUCAGCCCUCUGCCUCCUCAGCUCUGUCAGGUUCCUGCUGGACAAUCAGUGCUCACAGUCCCAGGAGUGAGACUGCAACCUGAAAUCUGUGACCUGUUUGCUUCUUACCAAAAAGGCCAUCUCUUAGGAGGUUCAAGCAAGUUUUGGUAG